UAGUGAAUACUUUAAAAGUUUUGAGGUUAUAGCAAAUUUCUGCAAGGACAACAUUGGUAGUGUUAUCGUGAUAUAGUAUUGUUUAGGCAGAAAAUCGUCCUAGUAUUCGGACGAAACAUAGACUUUUUAAAUUAAUUAUGUGAGCAAUUAAAGCUCGCUGAUCAAUUGUAUGUCGAUAAUAUGUCGGCUUCAAACAACGUUAAAACAAUGCAAGCAUACAGAUUGGCCUAUCUGGCCGUCUGACAAAUAUGAAUUUAUGGCAUAAUUUCAUAAUUUUAGUAAUCGAUCAUGGUCAAGGAAAAACCAAAUUCAAUCCGUAUUUACGAUUCAGAAGGUUAUAGACGUAGAGCUGCAUGUAUCUGCGUCAAAAAUGAUCUUGAAGAUGAGGUACUCUUGGUUACAUCCAGUCGAAGACCUGACAGUUGGAUAGUACCUGGUGGAGGUGUUGAACCAGAGGAGGAACCUGCAGUAACAGCAUUACGAGAAGUUAGAGAAGAGGCUGGUGUUUUAGGACAAUUAGGCAGAUGUCUUGGCAUAUUUGAGAAUGUGGAACAUAAACAUAGAACACAAGUAUGGGUUAUGCGAGUAACCGAAGAGUUGCCAGAAUGGGAAGAUUCACGUGCUAUUGGUCGAAAACGAAAAUGGUUCUCUAUACCAGAGGCCUUGCUUCAGCUUGCUCAGCACAAGCCCGUCCAGCGUUCUUAUAUACACAGCCUCCAUAAUACUAAUCCUCGACAUAAUCCCAAUAUUUCACCACCUCAUCAUUCGCAUACUACUGUAACAUCUAUCCAGUUAAUGAAUAAUUCUAGUAACAAUCCUCAUCUUAACAAACACAGCUAAUAUUAAAUACCAUCCAUUUGCGUGAAUAAUUGCCAUCAAGUGUUAGAUAUUUGUUGCUGCUCCUUUCCUUUCGUAUAGUUAUAUCAAUUACUGAAGUUGUAUUUUAUAUGUAAAAUGACACCAUUUGUAUAUUCUCCUUUUCUUUA